AUGCGUAGCAACAGUGUAAAUAAUGAGGUGGACAUGGAGGAAAAAAUAAAAAAAAUGAAACACUUAGUUUGCAAGAAUAAAGAAGAAAUUAAAAAAGUUAAUGAAAUUAUAACAGAGGCAGAUAAACUUUUAUACAAAUUUGCUGUAGAGGAUAAUGAUUAUAACAAAUACAGUUCUAUUGAUAAAGAAUCACAUCUGUAUUUUAAAAAAGUUAAGAAUACGGAUGUAGGAAAGCUGAGCCUUAUUUUCCACGACUCCUCGAAGCUCGAAAAAUUAAUACGAGUAAUAUGGGACGAAAAUGGCACAAAAAAAUUUGACCCACAUUUUAUAGAAGGUAAAAUUCUUCGAGUGUACGAUAAGGAUUUAAUAUUAAUACAACAAAGUUAUAAGGGCACAUUAGGAAAUGAAGGCAGAUACUUUUAUACUCUGGCGCACAAAAAAAAAAUAAAUAGCGAGUCCUACAUAAUUACAUGUGUGUCGUUAAAUGUAAAUGACAAUAAUAAAAAAGGUAAAAGCAGUUUUGUAAAUCCUUUUAUCAGUAGCGUAAAUUCCUUUUCAAUUGAUAUUGAAUGUGAUCAGGAAAUUAUGAACUCUUCGUUAAAAAAAAUGUUUAUUAAUUUGUCUGGUUAUUAUAUUAAAAAAGAAAACACGAGUAUGAAAUUAACCUAUAUUUCCUCGAUUGAGCUUGAUACGUCAUCUUUGAUUCCUCAAUUUAUUAUACGAAAGAUUAAGGCUAGCAAAAUGUCACUCUUAACAAUGUUAAAAAACAAUAUAUGA